UAGAAUUAAUUGUUAUAACUGCUUUUUAUCUCUCUGUUCAAAAUUCUUGGGAUAGGUAUAAUCGAUUUUGAAGUGGUAAGGCAGUGGUCUUUUGUGCGUAUCUUUCGUUAAUUGUACGUUGCCUUUGAUAAAGAUAUUCUUAUUUUGAAAAGAAAACAUGGAAUCUGCUAUUGUACACCUUGAACAAAGCGUUCAAAAGGCUGAUGGAAAAUUAGAUAUGAUUGCUUGGCAAAUAGAUGCCUUUGAGAAAGAAUUCGAAGAUCCAGAUAGCGAGAUAUCUGUAGUUCGUCUAUUACGUUCUGUACAUCAAGUUACAAAAGAUUAUCAAAAUCUUCGUCAAGAGAUUUUAGAAGUUCAACAAUUACAAAAACAACUUUCUGAUUCACUCAAGGCUCAGCUAUCUCAAGUACAUGGUAAUUUUAAUUUACUUCGUAACAAAAUUGUGGGACAGAAGACAUCUCAGUUAAAGUAAGAAAAAAAAAUUGUAGAACAAUUAUUGUUUUCUUAUUAUUUCUUAUUAUUUAGAAAUAAUUGGUAAAUGAUUUUAUUUCAAUUAGAUUCUAUGUUCUAUAUUUUCUUAAGUAUAUCUCUUAAGUAUAUUUAUCUGAAAUAAGUUCUAUAUCUAAGAACUUAAAUUUACUUAUGUAACAUCAUUAAUUUGCUUAUUAAUUUUUAUUUCCUUCAAAGUUCAUAUUCUGUAUUCUGUAAAUUUGAAUAUGAAUAUGAUUAAUAUCUUUUAAAAUAAAUAUUAUUUGUUCAGAUUUUUCAGCUUUAUAAUAUAUAAAGUGUCACUGAUAAGUAGUCAUUCCUUCUAAAAAAUUAGUAAAAAUUUACAUAAUUAGAAGAAUAAAAGUGAUAUAAAAUACUUUUAUUUUAAUUACUUUAACAUAUCUUACAUCUCUCUUUUUUUCAACUUUUCUUUCAAUUAUAUUUGUUUUCUAAUAAUCUUAUAUUAUUGUAUCUAAUUUUUCUGUCUUCUAAUUUUACAUAUCACUUUUAUUCUGAACAUUUCAUACAUAAUAAUUAAAAUAUGAAGGAUAAGAAUAUGUAAAUUUAUUAAUAUGACAAGUCUCUUCUCUAAUAACUCUUCAAAGCACUAUUUAAAUUUCAAUAAUUGGUUUAUGAAUAAGAUGGGAUCAAGUGUUUUACUGACAAAUAAAUGAUGUAAUACGUGCCAUAAAUUUGUGGCAUUGGGGCCAAUCUAUAUGCUUGUGCAUUCAAGUUUAAAAGGUCUUUAAUAAAAUAUUAAUAGUAGUUCAUUUAUUUUGAUGUAUUAAUAUGUUCUAGAAACUAUCAAUAGUAUAUCAUGGUUGAUAUAUUGUUAUAUUAUUACAUUCAAUAAUGACAUAAAAAAAAAAUUGAUUUUCUAUAUAUAUCACCAAGAACACAUAUGUAUGUAUAUUUCUCUAUUUCAACAACUUUUAAAAAAUGCACUGAUUAAAUAUUCACUUUGAUAACACCAUUCAAUACUAUCUUUAUCUAAAGUUAACUAAAUUAUAACAUAUUAUUUUCAAUAAUAUUUUCAUUUUCUAAAAUAUGUGCAUUGAAUGUGUUUAAAACAGCAGGAUAAGUACAACUCAUAAGAAAAAAAAAAGAAGAGUUUUGUACUAAAUCAUGAAAGAAAUAUAUUGCCUUACCAACAUAGUUGCGCAUUUACCCAAGUACGUGUACUAUGUUAUAUAAUGUGAAAUCUGUAUUAUUAUAUAUACUAUAUUUAUUAUAUAAGGUAUAUACGCAUGUUAUUUAUUGAUAUAAUCAAUACAAUAAUAAUAUUUUUUAGUACUCAAUUAUUAGAUUAUAUAUUAUCCAAACGAAAAUGUUUUCAAUGGUAUAUAUUUAUUCCAUAAAAUUAGAGAUGUUAUUGAAUAAAACUGAUUAUUUUAUUUAAGAUUAUUAUUAUUGUUAAAAAAUAUUUUUUUGAAUCAGAAACUGGAUUUAAUGGUUUCCAUCAAAAAAUAUCAUUUCUAAUUAUAUAAACUAAGCGACAACAAUUGUCUUAAUAAAGCUAUUUUAAAGCUCCUAUAAGUCAAUAUUAAUAUCAAUAUUAAUUAAUUUGUAACAAAAAAUACUCAGAUUCUCUCAAAUCUUUAAAAUUGUUUUAUAUCACAAUUAAGAAUAAAAAUGCUUAUUGUUAGUCCAAGUAGAAUAAAUAUAAUAAAAUUAAUUUUUCUAUUAAUAUUAUCAAAUAGCAAACAUAUUGAAAUUAAUGAUCAUAGUAUAAUUUAACAGUUUUUCAUUUGGAUAUAUGUAUCAAAACUUAAUAUGUAUUAAUAUAAUUUAUAGAGAUAAUUUAAAGUUACAUGCAUUUCUAAUUCAGUUUUAAUUAUACUUUGGAAAUAUAUUUAUUAUGAUUUUUUGAUCAAUUAAUAAUCAUAAAUAUAGUAUUUAUUUAAUCAUUUGAUACACAAUAAAAAAAAAAUUAAAUGAAUAUAGAUAUGCAUGUGAUUUUAUUUAACAUAUAUAUAUAUAUAUAUAUAUACAUAUUUUAACUUUUGUUAAUAUAUUUAUAUAUAUGUAUACGUUAGAAAUAUUAUAAUAUAUAAAUUAAGAGAAAAAUGGUCUGGAACACAUUUAUAACGUGCCAAAACUUUGGUCAAUUAGUAAUGUAAUCUUUCUUUUACGAAGAAUAGGUGCAUAAAUAUUAUCUAUUCUUUUGCAUAGAUAGGCUAUAGAACAUAUCAUAUAUAAGACUUAAUCUAUGUAUUUAAAUAUUGUAAGUAUAUUAACAUAUUAGCAUCCUAAAACGAACGUAUCAAUUUUUACUUUAUUGAAGGACUGUGUCUUAUUAUCUACCUAUAAUAUAUUUAACAUAAACAUUAUAAUAUUAGCCAUAUAGUAUUCUUCUUUUUUCGACUAAUAAAAUGUUCCGCAUAUAAUCAAAUAUAUAAAUGUAAUAGUAUGCUUCCUAUGCAUCGUCCUUCAAUAAUUAUUUAUACUCGUACAGCUGUUAAUAUUAUUAUAUUUCACUGCAUGUUUCGUAUUUAACUAUAUAUCACACGUUAUUAUCUAUAUAGAGCGAUAUUUAUUUAAAAAGCUUAUGCGUACAAAUCUAUCCAUUUUAGAUAAUUAAAUAGUUUAUGAUAUAUUAAAUAAUGAAGUAAAAUAUUACAUAAUUUUACUUUUUUGCUUUCUUUCUACUGUUUCCAUAAAAUCGAUGAAUUCAAUCUAUUUCUAUCCACAUAUUUUUCUUAAUUUUCAUAAUUCGAUAAAAAUCAUAUUUGUAAUUAGAUGUACAAACAUUAAGUUUCUCAAUAUAUACGAUUAUCAUACGUAUGAUUAUUCACUAAUUUCUAUAUAUAUAUCUAUAUAUACACACACGAAUCCUCAACGUAAAUAAAAACUGUAUCUUUUUAGAUAUUAUAUAUAUUCAUAUUAUAAUAAAUUGUUAUCUCCGUAGUGAAUCGAUCCUGUGUAUUUAGUGCUUUAAAAUUAUCCUGAACAUAAACGAACGAAAUGAAAUAAACAAAUAUUGACAUCAUCUAUUAUUACAAAUUUGUAUAAAGUAAAUGUUUCUCUCUCUUUCUUUCUCUCGUAGAUAGAUACAGCAAAAGACCGGUUAGAAUGACCGUGAAUAAAAGUAUGACCUUUAAACGCGUUCGAGGUCGCAGACCUUCAUUUAGACUUUUACCAUAAAAGAAAUUUCAAUUUUCUAUUAACAUCUUUACAAUUGUUAAUUAUAUAAAAUAUACUUUGUCACUCUUAAUUGUAUAAAAUUCUUUAAAUUAAAUUAAUAGAAACAAAAAAAAAAAAUGAAAGAAAUACAAUUCAUGGUAUAAGUCAAUCAAAUUAAUUUUAAAGUUUAUAAACUCUAUGUGAAUACGAUUUACGCAACCCUUUUUAUUAUCGCAUAUAAAAAGCAAUCAUCAUCCGGUUGAUUCACUGGAGUACGUCUAAAAAUGGAUAAAUAACAAUAAUUAAAAUAAAACAGUAUACCUUAUCUCUUUUUUCUUUCUAUUUUUUUUUUGUCUCACUGAACGCAACGUCUCCAUUCGAUUGAAAGUAUAAAACUGAGACUUCGUACGAGAAUUAUAAGAAUAUAUUAUAAAUAUUCAUAUAGUACAUACAUAUAUAUGCUAACUGAGAUCAUAGAGUUUCAUGGUCAUUUGAAAACAGAAGAUAUGAAAGUUAAUUUAAAACGCAUGGAUGCAUUUAGAAUCGAUUGAAAUAAUCGCACGAAUGACUUCGGUCAGAUACUCAGUUAAAGUCUAUUAUUUAUUUAUUUAUUUAUUUAUUUAUUUAUUUAUUCUUUUUCCUUUCAUUCUUCCUUUCCUGCUUUAACAAUUUUCUCGUUGAUUUAUCACGAAACAAAGCAUGAGCUCAGAACAUAAACGGAGAAAGCACGGAAGUAGAGAGUUAAUAGAACGAGACCAUGAUCUAUCUAUCUUUCUCUAAGUUAUCAUUAUGAUUUAAAUCUAUUACCGAUGAAUCAAACUAACGUUCAUCCGUUAAAGAUGCUAAACGAAUGCCGAUCAGAAAGCGUAAGCGUUUUGGAACAUCAACACAAAGAAUUUCCUUUCGUUCCGACAAUUUUACACCUCACAGGCAUCACUAACCGGUACUUACUUUCCGCAUAAUUUCCUUCACCGUUAUGGGAAAGUAUAUAAUCGUUGAAAAUAUAUUCUAAGUGAAUAUGUCCCUCGAGUAUCUAUUUCUUGUCAAUGCCAUUGUAACGUUACUGAAUAUUUUUCAAUAUUAUUUUCUUUCUUAAGACAA